AUGUGUGGCGUGAUUAAAGUUAAGGAUUCAACUUUAAGAAAGAUCAAGAAUAAAAUGGCUGCUUGUGCGUCCGAUGUUGCUCUUGAGGAUGUUAUAUUUUAUUGUGAUAAAUGUCAGAUGAAAUACGAGGGAGCCUGCCCCCAGCAUGGACCACCCAGCUGUGUUGAUGAAGCUCAGGGCCCUCCUGUAGAUGCCAGUGAUCAGCAUCAGGAUGCCCUAAUACAAUCUGACAGCAUUAACAGACGUGCCAAGGAUAUACAGGCUGACAGUGAAUCCAAGCUACACUGUGAUAAUUUUCUCUUGAAAGAAG